GCUCUACCCGGAAGUUUGUCUCACACGGCUCACUGUUCUUUCUCUGCAGAUCAUCUCAAAACAAAUGUUUUGUUCCCUUCUUUAUUCAAUACGAAAUGUUAACACAGUUGUGUUGUGUUAAACACAAAUAACUGCGGCUAGCUGCAUGAUGCACAGCGGGCAGACGGAGUGAUGGAGACAGCGAGGUUGUGUUCCCUGUGUCAGCGAAGGGUCCUCUGAAGCAUCAUGAUCCCUGUGCCGCUGCUGGUGUGUGUGAUGGGAGCCUGGUGUGCGGUCUAUCUCACCGACACACUGUUGAAGUCGUCAGUGACACAUAGGAUCAGGUACGAGUCAUGGCUGGCCAGUCGAGGACUGAUGCUGUCUCCCUUCCAUGUGAGAUGGCAAACCACCAUGUUCAAUCGUCUGUUUGCGUACUGCGCCCGCAUCAACCCCAGAGCCCAAUACCUGUGGUUCAACAGUGGUCUGGUAUUUGGUGUAAUGGCCAUGGUGGGAUCAGUGGUGCUGCUGAUCAGGACGCUGCAGCAGACUCUCGCCCAGAUGACCUCAGACAACCCUAGGAUGGGGAGUCAGCAGACCCUGCAGGUGGUGAUCCCCGGUGUCAAUCUGCCCACCAGUCAGCUGGCCUACUUCUUCAUCGCCCUGCUCCUCAGCGGAGUCAUACAUGAGCUGGGCCACGCUGUGGCAGCAUUGAGGGAGCAAGUGCGAGUAAACGGCUUCGGCAUGUUUGUGUUUGUUGUGUAUCCCGGUGCGUUUGUGGACCUCUUCACAACGCACCUCAACAUCAUAUCGCCCAUUCAGCAGCUCCGCAUCUUCUGUGCCGGAGUGUGGCACAACUUUGUUCUGUGUGUGGCAGCAUUAGCCUUCCUCUUCCUGUUGCCCAUUUUCCUGUUUCCCAUGUAUUCAACCGGUGGGGGGGCGCUGGUCACUGAGGUCGUCCAGGGCGCUGCAGCCGAUGGUCCCCGAGGUCUGUCAAUUGGGGAUAUUGUGACCGGGCUGGAGGACUGUCCAGUCAAGGGGGUGGAGGACUGGAGCAGCUGCCUGUCUCGCGUCUCUCACUCCCCACAGACUGGAUACUGUGUCCCUAGCAGCAGCCUGCAGCCCAGCUGGGCCCAUGGACGAGCCUUUAAGCGUUUGGAUGGAACGUUCGACUGCUGCAGCAACAACAGCCUGACGGAUCUCUGUUUCUCCUACAUGAAACCUCAGGGCAAGAAAGAGAGAGAGUACGCCUGCAUGCCGGUGCGCAAGAUGGUGAUGGGGACGCAAGUGUGUCGUACCGACGAUGACUGCACCGCACACAUACAGGGUGCCAGCCUCUGCGUGACUCCCUCUCUGGAGAACCAGACUCGCUUCAUCCGCGUCACACACCCACCCAACACACACAUGCUGUUUGUGGGGUAUCCACCACACCUGCAGUAUGCUGUGAGUCUGACCAACUUUGUCCCUCGGUUUGGUUUCCUCCACCUGGAUCUGCCUGUUUUCUUGGAGACCUUCUGCAAAUAUGUAGUGUCCCUCUCUGGAGCUUUAGCAGUCGUAAACUCUGUCCCGUGCUUCGCUCUAGACGGUCAGUGGAUGCUGAAUGCACUGCUAGAGGCCACGCUGGUUACUGUGGUAACGGACCGUCACAGGCGCGAGCUGAUUGGCUUCUUCCUUCUGCUGGCAGGCAGCGCCCUGCUGGCAGCCAACGUGGCACUGGGCCUGUGGAUGGUCACUGCACGGUAGCCACAGUGGUGAGCCGCACUGGAGGGCAAAAAACACUAAAUGUGGACGGAGUGGUUCUCUCAGGAUGUGUCUGACACGUGUGGACCAUUAAUCUGUGAACUAGACAGCAGGGCUGCCCAAUUUCAGGAGACUGUUGAGCAGAACAUCUGCUUUACCGGACCACCAGGGAAACCAAUACCAACCUUGUUGCCGCCAUAUACUCACAAAGCACAUGUAUACAAAUAAAUACUGCACUUGCCGUAAAGCACUGUCUGAUGUGACCGUUUACACACACUGCACAAUCUUUCCAAAUGUGAAUAUCUGUGUUGUCUUUGAAGUAUGAGGAGAAAAUUGUCUUGGUUUUGAAAAGGUUUGAUUCCACAAUGCCAUACUUUUUCACUGUUGGACCUCAACGUGCUGCAGAGAUGGAUCCACGAGGAGAGAAGCAAAAGCAAGGAUCAUUUAAAAAAGCCUUCCAGUUAUUGGCAAAUGCUUGGCGGUUUCUUGAAUGUCUAUUACACAUCAUUAGUGGAAAUAAUAUUAUUCAUGUGACAGUAUUUCAGUGAAUGUGACUCCUCACAGGUCUGUGACUCCAACAAUGUCUGGUAAUAUCCAACAUGUUUAAAGGUGGGUAUCCAAUAUUGAAAAGAAAGCGAUUUGCUCUCUCUUUCUCUCCCUCUUGCAUUGAUGAAAAUGAAUAUGAUUAUGAUUUGUCACAGCUCUGGAAUAAAAGGCUGCUUCUAUUUAA